AUGGCUGCACCUUCAGCCAGUGCGGGCUGGGCCCAACUUCGACAGCAAGCGAGAUCAUUAGAAACUCAGACCGAGAACCUGUUCCAUACAUAUUCGCAGUUCUCAUCGGCCGCCAGCAUCCCACCUAAACCGACAGAUGAUGAACGGCAAACGGAAGCAAAAAUCGAAGAACUACUGGAAAAGGCAAGUUAUCCCACCAAGCUGCGACGCGACACAACAAUCUCCCAACUAGCACGGCUCCUCGACUCCGAAACAACACUCACCUCAUCCGCCCUCAAGCAGAACAACCUCUCCCUUCUGCGGGAGAAGCUCGCCGCCCACAGACGCGACCUCAACCGACUGCGCAGCACGCUCCAACAGGCUCGCGACCGGGCCAACCUCCUCACCAAUGUGAGGUCCGACAUUGACAAUUUCCGCGCGAAUAACCCCGAGUCGGCGGAGGCAGAGUACAUGCUCCAGGAGAGGGGUCGCAUCGACAGGAGCCACGAGAUGACGGAUAGUGUGCUGAGCCAGGCGUACGCUGUGCAGGAUACCUUCAACAUACAGCGGGAGACGUUGGCGAGCAUUAAUCGGCGGAUUACCACGGCUGCGGGCAAGGUGCCUGGUAUGAACUCGCUGAUUACGAGGAUAUCAGCUAGAAAGAGGAGAGAUGGUAUUAUUAUGGGGUGUUUUAUUGCAUUUUGCUUUCUCGUCUUCUUUUUCUUGUCAUGA